AUGUCCCUCAAAAAUGAACAAAAGAUCAUACAGGAAGUACAAAAACUCAUCACAAAACUCUUCAGAGACAAUGAGAAAAGAUGGCAAGUUUUGGAGGUAUUUAAAGAAUAUAUCACCACAGAGAUAAAAUCUAUAAACAAGCCCCAAACUGAAGACCUUGAGAACACAACAGAAACCCUCAACAAUGGCAUGGAUGCUGCAGAACAAAGAAUAUCAGAUUUGGAGGAUAACCAAUUUGAGAAAACACAAUUAGACAUAGGGAAGAGAAUGAAUGAAGUUUUCAUCAUGCCUGUCAUGUCACACAGCUGUCUGAUUGUCACCAUUUUACUAGAUAGUGCAGAUGUAAGGGUAAAAUUGCUGCAGAGAUCAUUUCUACAUCCAAAUUUUCUGAUUUAUUCAUACAACAAAUCAAGAACAGUAUACAUAGAUACUGCAUUGUUAAAGACGCAUUGCUUUUACCAGGGACAUGCUGCUGAGAUUCCAAAAUCAGCUGUGAUUGUCAACACCUGCUUUGGCCUCAGAGGAUUAUUGCAGUUGGAUAAUGUCACCUAUGGAAUAGAACCAUUGGAAUCUUUGAUAACAAAUGAGCACAUGAUUCAUCAAAUAAGGAUGAAUGAAGCUGGUUAUUCCUCCCUACAAGAAAUUUACUCCUUAGGCAAGAAUGCACUGCAUUUUUACAGCAUUAUAGUCAAGUCACAUAAAGAUUUAGAUGUUGCAUUUCCAAAAAGGACUUUGAGAACGCACAUUGUUAUGGAUAAAUCCAUGUGUGACUUUAUGGGCUCUGAAGUGGUACUUUCAGCUGAAAAAAUUAUCUACAUGUUUGGUCUUAUUAAUGCUAUGUUUUCCAAGGUCAACAUCACCAUUAUGCUGUCCUCUCUGGAGCUCUGGUCAGAUGGAAAUAAGAUUUCAACAAAUGGGGAUGCUGAGGAAAUACUACAGAGAUUUCUGUCAUGGAAACAAAAACCCCAUGAGAUGUCUUACUUAUUAAUUUAUAGGGAACAUGCUGCUUUUGUGGGAACAACAUAUCAUGGAAUGGCAUGUGAUCCAAAGUUUGCCACAGGAGUUGCUCUGUAUCCAAAGAUGUUAACUUUAGAGGCAUUUUCAGUUGUUAUGGCACAAUUGAUUGGGAUUAAUCUGGGAUUAUCAUAUGAUAAAAUCCAUACUUGUGGCUGUUCAGGAACUACAUGUGUGAUGAACCCCACAGCAAUAUGGUCCAGUGGUGUAAAGUUAUUUAGCAGUUGCAACAUAGAAGAUUUCAAACAUUCCGUGUCACAGCCUGAAUUUGCAUGUCUUCAGAAAGAGAAUGUUCCGAAAGUUGCUUACCAAGGAAUACUUUCAACUUGUGGCAAUGGAAUUUUGGAAGGAAAUGAGCAAUGUGAUUGUGGUAUUCCAUCGCAUUGUACUCACCCAAGAUGCUGUAAUGCUGAAGAAUGUACUCUGAUUGGAUUUGCUGAGUGUGGCACUAGCCAAUGCUGUGAUAAAGCAACCUGCAUGAUUGCCAAAAGGGGAACACCAUGUAGGGAAAGUCAAGACUUAUGCGAUUUUCCAGAAUAUUGCAAUGGAACGUCUGAAUUUUGUGUACCUGAUAUGAAAGCUGCCGACUAUCAACAAUGUGAUAAUAAAACUGCAUUUUGUUUGGAAGGAAAAUGCAGAAGUCUAGAAAGACAGUGCUCACAACUAUUUGGAAUAUUUAUUUCAUGGUUUCUGGAUGCAGAUUUAGGUCCUUGA